AUGUAUGUAAAUCAUGAGAUUGACAUUGUCAUUUUUGCUGAUAAUGAUUUAAUAUUAGUUGUAGCAACUGUGGAAGGUGCUGGUGAUGGUAAUGAAGGUGGUGAUAUUGCUGGUAGUAAAGGGGGUGAACGUGUUGCAGGUUUAAAUGAAGACAGUAUUAAGGUUACUAGCAGUGAAUGUGGUGAGGGUGGUGAAGGUUUAGGUGGGGAGGGUGUUGAGUUGUUGGAAGUAAAGAUGGUAAGGGUGGUGAGGAAGGGUGCUAAGGUAACUAGCAGUAAAGGUGGUGAGGGUACUGAGGUUGCUAACAGUAAAGGUGGUGAGGGUGCUGAGGUUGAAAGUGGUGAAGAUGGUAAGGGUGCUGAAGGUUUAAAUAGGGAUGGUGCUAAAGGUACUGAGGUUGCUGGUAGUAAAGGUGGUAAGGGUGUUGAAGGUCUAAGUGGGGAUGGUGUUGAGGUUUCUAGCAGUCAAUAUGGUGAGAGUGGUGAAGGCAGUGAGGGUAUUGAGGUCGCUGGCAGUCAAGGUGGUGAAGGUGGUGAAAGUAGUGUGGGUUUUAAAGGUUUAGAUGGUUUAGAUGCAUCUUUUGAAAGGUUAGAAGAGGGUGAUAAAGGUUUAAAUAGUAGUGUUGAAGAAGAUAGUGAGGAGGGGUUAAGGAUGAAAGUGAUUGUGGUUCAGAGGAUGAGAAUUUUUAUUUGA